GUUCAGCUCCCCGGAGCCUUUUCACCCGUGGAAGUGGUUGUGGACUUCGUGUCCGUGGUCUGGCCCCCUUGCCCGUCCAAUGCAGCGACAGAGAACAUCUCUUGUUUCUGUCACAUUGCCACAGCCAUGUAUCCAUCAUCCAACAGUAGCUUACCCCGCUGACGCCUUCAACCCCAUACAUCCUAUCUGGUAUGCGGAACGCGUUCUCCAGCUCUUCGAUUAGGCAAAUCGCUUGUUCCCUGGUCCGUAACCUCCCGUAAAGCAGAGGGUGCGGGUGAGUCGUGGCACAGCACAGCACAGCACAGCACAGCACAGCACACUCCCAGCCCGUGAGAAGGCCAACACGAGAUGGCCGAGAUGCAUUCUGCAUUAUUUCUCUCUGCACCUAUCCUUCGCGAGGACCGAACGAAAACUCUUCCUGCAAAUGCAGGCGCUUCCGUACCUCCCAGUCCCCAACCUGUGAAGCCCCUUUUCCAGCGUCAACGACGAGGUUCAAAGAGCUCCAAACACACGACGCGCACCAAAUCGUCUUCUCUGUCAACGUCCGUCAACAGUCACUCUUCACAAUCUACGCGGUUUUCUUCCUGGGACGCUGAGCAGAGACACGAUCCCAUGCUCUCAACACCUUUACCUGACUACAAACAUAGCGCGAACCAGACCAACAAAUCAAGAGCAGCUGCUCAAGCCGCGAAGAACAAUCGGACCUCAUCGUCAACUUCAGAUAGCGCUGAACGCAGACAUGCACUCCAGAGCGCGGAGUCGCGUGCUGCGAGGGGAGAGCCACUUGGACGAACGGACAGUCAUUCAAGUACAACCGGCUCAAGUGGCCUCACAGCGGUAACAUCUAGUGACCCGGCCUCGAAUAAUGAAACCCUGACACGUCCAUUCACUCUACGGAAUGGCCGACGAUAUUUACGAGAUACGACUUUACCCUACCCUCUUCCCUGUGACCUCUCCGAGAUUCACAGACAAACGCUGCGGACAAUGCUCUUGUGCCAGGUAUUCAAUGGCCCUACCUGCUCUUCCACCUUCCAGAGCAAGCCCCCCAAACGUGUCCUCGAAGUGGGAUGUGGCACAGCAUUCUGGAGCGUGAUGUGUCACCGACAUUUCUCGCAGAGAGGCUUUUCUUCUAUUUCUUUUACUGGGAUUGACAUUGCGCCGCUUGCGCCGCGUAUGGAAUCUGACGAUGACAUGAAUUGGCGUUUUGUGCAACACGACUUACGGCGGGUUCCGCUGCCCUUCCGGGACGAGGAGUUUAAUUUGAUUAUGAUUAAGGACUUGAGCAUGGUUACGCCAACGACGGGAAUGCAGCAGGUGCUGAUGGACGAAUAUUUACGAAUACUGAAACCGGGAGGAACAUUGGAGAUAUGGGAUGGGGAUCACUCGUUGCGAAUGUUAUUACCGCAUGCUCCCCCUUCAACGAAAGAAGAUGAUGACGAUAGUGAGGACGAGGAACAGGUGCACACGAAUGCAAUGGGCACAUAUACAUUGACGAGGCAGACGCCUUUGGCAGCCCCACACAAUACGUAUCUGAACGACUACAACAGCUGGAUAUCAAAGGCACUGGAAGCCCGAAAAUUGACACCCAUGCCAUGUACCAGCAUGCUUCCCAUGCUUCUCCAAGAAUCAGAAAUCUUAACCGAGAUCGAUUGUCGCCGGUUAGCAAUACCCCUGGACGAGGUCCGCUGGGAGCGAGAAGGAGUCGGCGGAGCAGUAACGCAAGGUUCAAACGGCAACGUCAUCUCUUCCAAAGGCAAAGCCCGAGAAGCAGAUCGACGAACCCUGACCGCAGGACAACUCGCCCUCCGCAGAACAGCACUCAUGACAGUCGUUCAAAUGAUUGAGAGUCUCGAACCUUUACUCAAGGAAGCCAGUGGAAAGGGCCAGGACGAGUGGGAUCGCUGGCAGGGGAACAUGAUGAAUGAUCUUUUGAACCAGAAUGGGACAUCUUGGGGGGAAUGUCUCGAGGUUGGUGCGUGGUGGGCGCGGAAGAAGAAGCCGCCUACUUGAGAGGUUGGACAAUGAGACAUGCUCAAUUGUUCGGGCAUCAGGGAGAAGAAGAAAAAAAUAAUGCUUCAAUUGGGAGAAGGCGAGUGACGUGAAUGGCGGAAUGCCUUUACCCGGAGUCACACGCCCUUUCAUUCUGGCCGCCAUACUUCCGUUCGGACCGUGAAUUCCAUUAAGUCUACCCUUCCGAGCACCUGGUUCUUUGGACGGAUGGCCAGACGGACGAGUGGAAUAUGAACAUGGAAUCCAGGAUAUGAGGGGACCCAAUUGGCGGGGUAGAAGUAUGGGAGUUUCACAUGCUUUCAUAAUAUCUCGUCAGGCGAGCAAUGCGCACAAUACCUGUUUGCUUAAAUAGUGUCGUAGAUAUAUACCCCAUCAGCUUAGCUAUCAAUUGAAAACGAGCUACUACCAUACCAUAUAUUCCUUUCAUUUUAUUUACUUUUGUGAGCAUUGAUCAUACCUCUGCUCGUCAAGCCGGAGCCCACUGUAUUUGAUGCUUCUUAGGAACAACGAGAUGCUCAAGCCCAGUCCAAGUCCAAGAAAGUGAUACAACUUCACCUAUUCAUCACCUCAAAUCUCCCUAAGAUCGUGGAUAAUAAGAACUAUCGCAACGAAAUGACCCAUCGAGUUUCUAGACGAUUUAAGCACCAGAACAACAGCACAUCCUCCCUAGAGACAUUUUACUUCAUCACUUCGAAAACUCUAUAUAAAGUUUAAACACUGAAAGAGGAUCAUUCCACGAUGCGAGCCCUCCCUUCUUGCCGAGCAGCAAAUCGGCAAUUAGAAUAAUCCGAGCCCUCUAUUGUGUUCUCUAGGAAUAAAUAUAGUCCUAGAUCCAUUCUGGGGGUGUAUUAAAGGUGCUUGAAUGGAUGACAAACAGAAGUAUGGAUAUAAAGAGCUCUGUGAGGUGUGGUAUACCUAGGAGUUGUUUUCAUUCCCCCUUUUCUGGCCUCGCUUACCGCAUGUUGGGAGUGUGUACUAUUAGUCCUUCAGUUGCCUAUUAAUGGCUGGCUCUGGCCUUACGUCCUAGAUGUAGACAGACGAGCAGAAUGUUACAAGUUUGGAGUUACUUGCAAAUUGCAAGUGAUGGAUGAUCAAUAUUGUCUUUUGUAAAAUUCUCUCCAGAUCAAUUAGGCUAGGUUUAUAGUCGGAUUUGAUACCACAGGCUUUACUG